ACACUCCGCCUCCUUGGCGCAGGCGGCUGACUGGUUGAACAUUUUAGUUUGCAGCGCACCGGUUAUCUAUUAUUUGGAUAAAAUAAAUGUAAAAACUCUAUACAAAUCUAAAUAUGGCGAGCUCAUACUGAAGUGCUUAGCACAGGAGGAGUUGUUUGACUGUACCCCGGAAGAGGAGGGGGGAGGGAUUUCUGUAAUCAAAGCAGCUUCCUGAUAUGAGGCUGGAGGGACCCAUUGAGAAGAAGUGCAUGGUAGAGCAAACGAGCCUUAACCGAAGGCAAAACUGUCCAUGAGGAAACAUCUGAAAAUAGAUCACCUAAGUAUGGAGAAGGAGCCGAGUCACAUGACAGAGAGGAUAUUGAACCUCACCCUGGAGAUCAUCUACCUGCUGACCGGAGAGAAUUAUAUCGCUUUCAAGUUAUCUCAAGGGUUGGUGGCAUCCAACAUGAGGAAGACCCAAAACCUUGUUGUAGAACCUCCAUUCCACUCCCUAAAAAUGAACAAGAAGGUUGAAGAAGUCACCAGUGAGAUCAUUGAUCUGCUGACAGGAGAGGUUCCUAUAAGGUGUCAGGAUGUCACGGGUUGUAUCUCCAUGGAGGAGUGGGAUUAUAUAGAAGGAUACAAGGACAUCAGGACAGAGAACCAGCCGCCCCUCACAUCACCGGAUGGAUCCAGUAAUGGGAACCCACCAGAGAGAUGUCCCUGUCCUCUGUAUUCCCGGGACUCCACACAGGAACAUCAGGAGAUCCCUCAGGAUUAUCAGAGAAUUGUUCUUGUUCUCACUCAGGAAAUGCUUGAGACUGAAGUUAGAGAGGAAGCAGAAGAGCUUUAUGCGACGGGUGAUGAUCCGUGUAAGGUGGAAGGAAUCCCUCCAGAGAUCAGCACAGAUGCUGACGACACCAGAAAUGCGCACACAGAUGUCAAAACUGAGGAUGAGGAAGAUGUAUGUGCGAAGGUUAAAGAGGAGGAAAUUCCUGUAGCGAUCAACACAGGUGGUUCUAUCCCUUUCCAUCUCUUACUACCUCCAGAUGGACAAGACCGCAGGAACAGUCCUAUUGUCUCUCCGGACGAUCUCAUAGAAGAUGAUGUUACAGCGGAUACUUCAAGAGAAAACCCCAACGCUCCAAUCUCCAUUCCCGAACCCUACACCACAGACCUGUCCUAUGACCCCCCUACACACGAACUAAGCUUUACUGAUCGCUCGCCUCCUGUGACCCAUCACAGGGGGGGGGAAAUGUUCCCGUGUUCCAUAUGCGGUAUAUGUUUUACAAGGAGGACAGAACUUUUGUCGCACCAGCGGUCCCACACGGUCGAGAAGCCAUAUUCCUGCUCGGAGUGCGGGAAGUGUUUUACCCAGAUAGGAAACCUAACGGUACAUAUGAAGGCUCAUACCGGGGGGAAGCCAUAUUCCUGUAUGGAAUGUGGGAAAAGUUUUUGUUUUAUUUCAGCUCUUACUAAACACCAGAGGAUUCACACAGGAGAGAAGCCGUAUUCGUGUGCAGAGUGCGGGAGGUGUUUUAGCCAGCGAGCCAAUCUUAUAGCACAUCGGAGGACUCACACCGGGGAAAAGCCAUAUUCUUGUUUGGAAUGCGGGAAACGGUUUACCCGGAGAGGCUACGUCAUCGAACAUCAGAGAACUCACGUGGGAAACAUUUUACUAAAAGACCACAAAUUGUCGCACAUCAAAUAAUUCACAAU